AUGGAACUCGACAUUUCGAUGCAUCAUCGUUCGGCCGUGGCAGAAUUAUUUGGCGUGAGAGCGCUUGCGGUUAGAAGAAAUCCUCCGAAUCUCGUUCAGGAUCUGAUCAGAGGAUCUACAGCUUUUAGAAAAUAUUUGACUUUAUUAAGUUGUAUUUUGACAAGGUCUGUUAGUGUUGGUACAAUUGAAACACGAUCUGUUGUUGAACCUCUUCGAUCACUAGUUAGUCCACGUGUUAAAUUUAUUGAAAACAAAUGUGUUGAUAUUGAUCCAAAACAAAAAAUUGUUACAUGUCGUAACAGUAGACAUGAUGGUCAAAUAUUAAAUGUCGGUAAUAAAGACGAAAUAGAUGAUGAUUCGUCGUCAAGACAAGUCCAUGAUUCAGCACAUACUCGACCAGCAUGUAGUAUAAAAUAUGAUUUAUUGAUUGUUGCUAUCGGGUCAGCAAAUAAUACUUUUAACACACCUGGUGUAGAGGAGCACGCUCAUUUUUUGAAAGAAAUUACAGACGCAAGACGACUCCGUUCAGCUAUUAGUGAUGCCUUUGAGUCUGCUAUGUCACCUGGUCAAUCAGAGGAAAAUCGUAAACGUUUAUUACAUUUUGUGAUUGUUGGUGGUGGUCCAACAGGCGUAGAGUUUGCAGCCGAGGUAAGAUCAUACUCUUUGUUAGAAAUUUCUUUAACAAAAUAAUUUUGCGUUCAGUUGGCCGAUUACGUACAACAAGAUUUAAAAUAUUAUUUUCCAUCUUUGGUUGCGAA